UGAAACAACAUAAUCAGUGCAUUCGACUCUCAGCUACGGAGCAGGGUGGAAAUCCUCGUCAGAAGACCCGUCAUCGCCAAUCCAUCAUCGUCAGAUAGGAACAGAAAGAAAAAAAAAACGGUCACCCGCAGUAGAAGAGGCGCACAGCCAGAAACAGUGGGUAGUUGCUUGUGCGGAUUCAAAUCGACCAAUUCAUAUAUAAGGGCUCCUGUCUCGGGUUGGCCGGGCUUAGUCGGUCGGGAACCAUCGCAUGGUUUGAACAGUCGUGUGUUCUUGAACAAUUCUUUGUUUGAGUUAGUGAAAACCGGCCAAAAUUAUAGGAUCGGUGUAGUUCACCAGGAGACGAAAGUGAAAAUAUUCUUUUCUUUUUCAAACAAAAGUAUCCCUCUCGAUCGAGACAAAAGGAUGUUCAGCGAAAGAGUCGUUUUCUUCGCGACUAUUUUUGGAUUAACAUUGCUGGCGGUAGCCCGAGCUGACGAGUGGCAUUAUCCGACGCCGGAAUCCAACGGAGUCAUCAAUGAACCGGAACAUUGGGGUGGACAGUGUGACACGGGACGACGUCAAUCACCGAUUGAUCUGACGUACAAAGCAGCCGUCAAGGGUGAUUUUUCCCCGUUUCUUUUCAGCAACUACAUGAACCCGGUCCGGAAUGCAAAGUUAACCAAUACGGGUCAUUCUGUUCAAAUUGAUAACACCGACCCAUCGGUAACUCUGUACGGUGGUGGUUUGCCGGGUCGAUUCGUACUGGAUCAGAUGCACUUCCACUGGGGUUCCGAACAUACGAUCAACAGCGUCCGUUACGCACUGGAAUUGCACAUGGUUCAUCAUGAUUCUCGCUACAAAUCGUUGGCCGAGGCAGCCACCGUGAAGAAUGCCGUAGCCGUUAUCGGUUCCCUGUUCCACGUGUCCAGCCAGGACAACACCCACCUCGACGUAGUUCUGGAGACCUCCAGCGACAUCCGUGAUAUUGCCGGUAAGCAAGCUCCCCUGAAAGGAAAACUAUCUCCGCACAACCUCCUGCCGAAAAAUCGUACGUCUUACUUCCGCUACGAAGGUUCGUUGACUACACCGACUUGUGCGGAAUCUGUCAUCUGGACAGUAUUCACCGAGAGUUUACCCGUUUCGCUAGAUCAGGUCGAACAGUUCAAAGCCAUUCAUGACACGGCUGGACACGAACUCGUGAACAAUUUUCGAUCCUUGCAACCGCUCAAUGCCCGCGCCUUGGUCUACACCACGGAUAUUCACUAUCAGAAUGGCGGUGUUCAGCUGGUUGGAUUACCGCUGAUGAUGCUGAUCGGUGCUACAGUAAUAGCCAUCUGUCGGAGCAAGAUUUCACUGUAGAAUCAAUUCAAUUCUUUCUUGUAGUUGUAGCUACUGACUUUUGCCAUACCCUCUGUAAACAGGUGCUUUAAAGCAAACAUGCUAACAUACAAAAUACCAUACCAAAUAGAGAGAAAUCGUUUGUGAUAGUUGCAUUUGUACAUAGCAAAAGUUGACGAUAGUGUUGUUGUUAGGGUAUUAAAUUAUUUUGUUUAAUGGAUGAUGACCAAAAAGGAAUUCGGAGUGAAUGUUAUAGUACAUUAUUAUAAUUGUUCAUAGAGGAUGAAUAAAUGUUACCAAAAUGAAA